UGUCAGCAUUAGCCCUCCACCAAUCAGUUUUGGUGACAGUGCAUACCGGGAAAUGGAGAAUACUAAACAAAAGGGGAGAAAAGUAGACAAUCGGCACGACUAGAUAGUGAAUAAUAAUACCACGCUUUUUUGACAAAAGUCCGUAUGUUCGUUCCACAGCUUCAUCACGUUUGUUUUGACGGUGCAUUAUGUGAUUCUUCAGGCAUGCUUCGCGUUAAUGCCCCGAAAGAAAAUAAAGACGGACAAACAACCCCUGCGGUUCCUGGAGCGACCAGCAGGAGAAGCCAAAAUCCAACACGUACCUGAAGUGCGGGCUGCACUCAGUCCCAAAGAUUUUUUCGGAGAGGCACAAGAGUAUAACGGAUCAACUCUAAAUUCAUGGGUAAACCCACAGUUUGAUACGUCUUGUGCUGCACUUAAAACAAAAAAAAGAAGAAAAUGCCAGUCCUCCACAAGCAUAAGCAACUUCUCUCAGCUCGCCAGAAAAGGCAGUGUGUGCAGCAGCAGGUUCCCAACUUUAUUAUUUGAGAAAAGAGAACAACGCAAUCAAAAAGAAAAAAAGAAAGAUUCAGAUGACUGUUCUUCAGCUUCUAAUGACUCACGUCACCAAGAGUACUGCCAGAGUACAAAAACAGUGUGCAAUGCGCAAACAUUACAUCAACCUAAUAUUGUUAAAGCACACAAAGAUAAUGGUUUAAAGAAGAAGACCACUUUGAAUCAAAUCCAGUCUUUUAUUGCAAGUGAAAGUAUUUUACCUGAAAAUCCUUCAUCACAUCACUCCAAGGACUGUACCAAUGCUGAUAUUGCACCGGUGCUACUAAAUACAAUCACACCAAAGAUAACAGAGGAAUAUUGUGCCUACUCACAUCUACUUUGCUCUCCACCACCAUGUACUCCAUCAGGGAGCAGAAUUCUGGAUAUUUUGGUUCCUGACACGCCAGAAAGAGAUUAUGGGGUCAAGGUGACAUGGCGACGCAGGAGAAGAUUGAUGCUUUUGUUGAAAGAGAAAGGUCAUUUAUCGGACUCAGAUUCAAUGAUUCACAUCUGAUCAAGUUAUGGGGAAGCAUCACCUCUCUGUUUUGAUGUUGCGUAUAUACUUAAUUAAACGAUGUCAACAAAAAUUUAUGUAUUUUUUUAUACUAUUGGACUGCAUGCCUUGAAAUGCAAAAUAUAGACAUUUAAAAUAAUAAACAAAUCGGGUUAUGAAAAUGAAUAUCAUAAGAAAAAACGAAAAUAAUGCUGCUAUAUGUACAUAUUGUAAAACAAGAAAGAAAUUGCUCUAAUAAAUGCAUUCUGAUGAAAAUUUAU